AUCAAGUUUCACUCGAUCAACUUUACCACUUUACCACUUUACCAUGUACUGCCGUCAGUCAUUAACUAAUGGACCCUAGGUCAAUUCUCAAGCAAUCUAACUCUCUCAUGCCUGGAUCCUGGAAUGCGCGGCAGUAUGGUGAGUAUUUCAAUACCCAAGCUUUGGGUUUUUGUGUGCAGGGCCACUCUCCUGCAAGUCCGACUCGGAUUCCAUGAAGAGCCUGUCUCUAACCAUCAUGGUUUUGUCGUGAACAGGAAAGAACCGGCUGACUGUUCGCUAAGGGCCCCUCUUGGCGUGAUUCCUGAUGCGUACCAGUCAGAUGUAUAUCACCCGCAAUAGGGCAGGUAGUGGGCGCCGAUGUAGUAGAUCACCGACGAAACACUGCAUUUUGCAGGGCUUGGAUACAUCGCUAUCGUAAAUGUGUCUUCUCGAGAAAG